AUGGAGGUUCUCGAAGAUGCGCUUUGUUUUGGUGAUGAACACGAUGGCGGAGACGGAGAAGGCGUAUGGGCGGUACAGCGAAGACACAAAACUGUGCAGAGUGAUAACGUCCGCGUCGACCGCAGCAGAGGCAGUGGAGGUUCCGGAAGACGCACCGCACGUGCUAUGAAUACCACACUCUUUCGCCGAUCUAAUUGUUUCGUCCCUGACACUGAUGAUCGUCCGUCGUCUCGUCCAGCGUCGGUCGCCGGUACCGCCGCAAUUGUGACCGCUGCACCGCCAUCCAGGAAUCACAUUCCAAUUUCCAUGCACAGAAACGACAUUCCGCGUGUUUUCGGUUCCGAUAUUUGCACUCCAUUUCCUUCUCCUUCCAUCCAUUCUCACCUGUGCGACGCCGAACAACUAUGCUCUAAGCUCCGCGGGCUUUGCAGAAUACGAGUGAAUGCCCUCGUUCAAGGGGACGUAGCCGAAGUCGGGCGAGACUGGUUGAAGACGACUGGAAGAAAAUAUGGACAUGCACAUUUGGGGGGAGCAGGAACAGGAGCAGAGAAGGCGGGCGCAGACGAAGAAGCGAAGAUCGGAAGCUUGAUCGAACGCGCGAAGAAUCUUGAGUGCACAAAGCGCGAUGUGAAACAGGGACCCUCGCGCGGCGAAUGA